GGCGUAGCCUAACUAGUUUGUGAACGACCCUGCGGCCGGUCCUCCACAUAGACCCACCACGAGUCGCCUCAAAGAAGCCCCUUAGCAUCCAGCUGGAGUCGGGGUAUGUUGCUUGGCAAUUCGAGGUUUCGACUUUUUUCCGACGUUGAGUCACAGUCGGCCCAUAACUGCCCCAAUCGUCAAUCUUGUUUACGUUUUUCGACGUUUUGAGGCACAGUCGGCCACUCCCGUUGACAAUCUUGUUUACGUUUUUCGACGUUUUGCGACACCUUCGACGUUGUACGAUUAAUUUAACAUAAGUGAAAAGAAAAGGGGAAGACCUGCAACUAUGGCGAAAUUUAACGACAAGUUCAGUCCGCACAUUACAGUCCAGCAGACGGGUGUCAGACCUCCCCUGGAAAAGUGUGUCACCUGCUGUACAUCCAUCCACUGCCCAUUCUGCAGUCCGGAUAAAUUCAAGCCUACCAUAAGGAGUAGGGUCUGCAAACAUUUGGAAGGACACCUAUUACGAGCAGUCCAGCUCAAAGACUACACCAUCUACAAAUGUAAUUUGGAAUGCUGGAAGAAGAGAGCACAUUUCCACUGUCCCUCUUGUACACUGUUAUUUGACCGGAGAGAUAGAUUAUUAAAGCAUAUGGCAAAGUGUUUCGCUCAAGUUCUUGAAGUGGUGGAUCAGGCUGCCACCACAAAUAAUUCAGACCAUGAGGAGGAUGUCAACAUGGUUUUCAGUGGCCAUAUGGAGGAGGUCCAAUGUAAGCAGGAAGCCACUGAGAUCCAGGUUGACAUAAUGGACGAUGUCCACAGUACUCGGGAUAAUACAGAGAACCUUGUCCACAUUAAAGAGGAUGUCCACAGUAGUCGGGAUAAUACAGAGAACCAGGUCCACAUUAUGGAGGAUUGUCAGAGUACUCGGGAUGCUACAGAGAACCAGGUCCACAUUAUGGAGGAUUGUCACAGUACUCGGGAUGCUACAGAGAACCAGGUCCACAUUGUGGAGGAUGUCCACAGUUCUCAGGAGGCAAAAGUGGCUACUGCGCAAGUGAGGCGGAGCAAGGUUGUGGUGUCUUGUCCCCGGUGUGCAAUAGGGAUCCUCAAAAAAAACUUGAAUCUGCAUCUUCUACGAAAACACUCUGAACAUCACCGCAUGGAAGUAACGUCAAAGUCGAAUGUACGCAGUGAAGGUUUAGAUAGUGCCAAGCGUCGCUGCAGCAAAACAAGACAAUCGUGUCAACACAAAUCCAUUGCCAAGUGGCACUCUUGCCCUGGUGUCUUCCAAAAGGUCAGGUCCAGCCAGUACAUCUCAGAGAACCAACCUAUUCAAACCGGUACUCUGGGAAACACAAGUGUGUCAGAGGACGAUUUCACUCGCUAUCCACCCGAAGGAGAAGACCUGGAAAAAAUGGUUGAAUAUAUUUCCCAACAUAAGCGGCUUCCAACGACACUGCCAGAUCACCUUAGAAAACACAUGAGCGACUACCCUCGAUCCUUCACACCAGAGGAAGAAUUCUGCACGGUCUGCCCUGGGGCUGUUUCUCUAAGUCGUCCGAUUGUGAUAACGGAAAAGGCCAAGAUUCUGACCAUUGAUGGCAUUGUACAGGAUGUCUCUACAUUUUGCAGGAAAUGCGAGGACUGUGGCAUGAUUUACCGAUAUCAGGAGUUCACGGAUGGAGUUCACAAUUUCAAUGAUUAUCUCCUCCUCGGACUACAUUUCUGUUUGUUUUUGAGGUACCAGCUCCAGACUAAUCAGGCUGUUGGGAGCGCUGUCCAGGCCCUUGAACAACUGACGAAGACCAAGUUCCCUCCAGCUGAUAGCGUGAUGCACGGGUACCUUCAUUUUGAAGCCAUGUCCAGCCACAGCUAUGAUUUCAGCUGUGUAUGUUGCGGUGACCAACCCCCCAUUGUGAUAAUGGACCUUCACAAAAAAGGGUCUUUUCAUCAGACAGUGAGUGACCUCCAAAGCCCACCUGAUGACUACAAAGGGGAAGUGAAUAUGGAGGACUUCUGGGAUUCUGUUUCCAACGAACAUAUUGCCCUUGGUUUUUUGACAAGUAUCCAAAUGAAUCCAUAUGCAGUUUCGCCCUCCUUUGAUUGUUGGGCACCAUGGAUAGGUGAAAGAACCAGGAGGUCAGCAGUGGCGCUUAACACAGAGUUUCAGAAACUUCAAACCCCCAAGGCUCCAGGAGAAAAUGCUGAGUGGACUGUGACCGAGGACCAUCUCCUGAAUGAGCUCCUGAAUCAGGAGGUUGAGGUGGUCAGAAAACUAUGUGAAGAGUGUGACCUGGACCCUCGGGGAUCAAGGAUGGACCUCAUCUUCAGAUUGAAAGACGAGAUGAAGACACCAGAGUCCUUUGAGAAGGUGUUCCAAAAAAUAUGGGGCGCAUCAGGAGGUUGGGCGGCAAUACUCUGUCCGUGUGGCAUAGUCUACAGCUUGAAGGGGCUUCUUAGGGCAGGAAGCCCCAGAGAUUUUGCUGACCUUUUGCUCUCUUGGGCACACGUGCCCAAUAAAGUAGUUUAUGACUUUUCAAGCGUGCUAGCAAGGCAGAUGAACCUAAGGGCCCCGGAGAGUGUCCCCUUCGCUCCACAUGAGGGAAGACUGGUGGCCCCGACCACACAAAACAUCGGGGGGGCAAAUGAAGGCAGCCUCAAAGUGAACCUAACAUGGCUGACUGAAAAGAGGAACCCAGCGGAUGAACGUUCCCAUCCAUUGACGGGCUCAUCAGAAAGCUACUCUCUAAGGGACACUUCAGAAGACUCGGGAAACGUCCUUAGCCGUGUCGGUCUGGCCCCUGAGCUGUCUGGUCGGAUCAACACGCAAGUGGUCCAACAGUUUUUUUCUCAGAUGAGGGAAUGCAAUUACUUUCUUACGUCAUCGCCGUCGACAAACAUAUUUUUGUUACGUAACAUUCUGCACCACAGAAAUGUGAGGGUUAACGAGAGCAGCACAGGACAAAUUUAAUUCUAUCAAAAUGACUGAAAGUGAUGACUGUAAGAAGUUGCUCUCUUUUCGAGCAGUACUGUAAUCUAGUAUCUCAAACCCUCUCUGUGUGACUACAUGCCUGCCUGACCAAACUCUGGCAAUCCGAGUACUUGCUCCUCCCAUUUCCCCUUAUAAAUAAACCAAGUUUGGUUUGACCUUGA